UAGUCUCUCUGUUGUGAGAUUGCUAAUCUUUAGCUCUCCUAGAGGUAUGACUGUUCCUGCUCUGUAGUUCCUGCUUGUAUACUUGAGACAUUAAUCUGUAGCAGCCUGCGGAAGAAGUUGUGAUAUAUCCUUCAAUCACAAACGAAUUCUGCUGAGAUGGGGUUAUCACCUUUGUGAUUUUGGCCCUGGUUUCUGCUGAUCUGAUGCAGCUAAAGUUUUACCCUGAUUUUAUUCAAGCUGCAAGCGUGGUGGCCAGCAAAAUGCUAAAUCAGAGAAAAGUCUGAACGCGUGCCCAUGUGAGCAGACUGUGUCUGCAGAGCGGAGAUCCCGGGCCGAGGACAGGAGAGGGAGCCGGAGCCCCGCGCAGAGCCCUGGGCCGGGCUUUGUCCCACCCGCGAGUCUCCAUCGCCCCCGGCUGCAGCUCUCCCGACUUCGUGCGGGCUGUGUGACUCCGCAGGGAUGAAAUGAAGGUCUGUGCCAGGACCCCGAUUACUUUUCAGAAACACGAGCAUUAUCUUGCAGAAACGAUGACAUUUACUGGCUUAUUUUUCUUCUGCAUGCUGAUGAACAUGCUAACAGAUGCCCGAUCCAUCCAGGAUGGAGAUGAUCUGUACCAGGAAGCUGUAACCUUGCCAUACUGGCCUUUCUCAUCCAACGAUUUCUGGUCCUACGUGGAAUAUUUCCGGACCUUGGGAGCCUACAACAGGAUCAAUGAAAUGGCCAGAGCUUUUUUUGCCCAGUUCCCUUUUGGGAGCCACCUUGGCUACCACGUGCCUGACCACGAGCGCUAAGUGCCUCACUCAGCUUUGCUAGAGCCAGUGCUGAGGUGUUUGGGUGAACACCUGUCUGACAGCAAACAUACCUAGGCUGCCCUCAGCCACCUCGUGAUACUCACUGCAGUCACACACGGCAUUUCAUGCUUCAAAUUAGUUUCCUUUUUACAAUUUAUGGGUGCCAAGGUGUUAGAGCGAAUACCUGCCAGUGAACGCACCUGGGCUGCUCUCAGCCACUUUGUGAUACCACAGCCAUGCACAGAAUUUCAUGCUUUAAAUUAGUCUCUUUUGUACAACUUAGAGGUGCCAAUAAAUGCAGCUGGGCUGGCCUCAGCCACUUAGUGAUACUCACUGCAGUCGCACGCAGCGUUUCAUGCUUUGAAUUUUUUACAAUUUAUCCUUUCGCGUGAAAACAAUAAACUCCUCCAUUCUGCUGCACA